AUGCUUCACAUAAACUGCACACUAUCCGUGUGGAUUAACAACCCUGAAGAGAGUAAUAACCCAUACAUAACGAUCUCAAGUAUAGCCAUCAACUGUUUUCUUAUUCACUUAUGUGCCAUAGUUGGAACAUUUGGAAAUGCCGUAGCUAUAAUUAUCUUAUCCCGGAAGACGUUCACAGACACAAGUAGUGUUAUAUUAUUGUCAAUGGCUGCUUGCGAUCUGUUUUUCUUGGUAAAUCUUUCUGUUUGUAAAUUGAACUGUAUUAUAAACAUGAUUAAUCCAGUAAUAGCCGAGAUUUACUAUCCCUAUAUCGUAUCGUUCAUUCGCCGACCCAGUCGCCUGGCUAUGUUUUUAAGUGUUAGCCACACAGUUGUCAUCUCAUGCGAGAGGUUACUAUCUGUGUUUUUCCCUCUUCACGUUUCUCAGUGGAUCACCCGGAAAACAACAAAGCGCAUUCUAGUCUUUAUUUAUUGUGCUUGGACAGCCUAUGUUACCCCAUAUGCAGUUUUCAACUAUCAAAUAGAGUGGACGUUCAACAGUAACUACAACCAAACAAUGCCUACGUUUCGGGAAACUCAAUGGUUUCUUGAGAAUAAACCAGUAUUCGAUCUACUGACUCAUAUUGUUAUUAAUAAUAUUACCGUGUUGUUUACUGUUAUAGUUGCGGUCAACAGCUGUGCGAUUUCCUACAGACUAAAUACUGUGUCAAAACAACGCAAAUUAAUCACUUCAACAAACAAGAAUAGAAGUCAAAUCGACGUGAAAGCUUCUCGAAUGUUACUGGCUGUUUGUGUUGUGUAUAAUGUUUGUAACAUUCCUAGUUCUGCAAUCUAUCUCCAUUUUAACAUAGACUCGUCACUAGAGCCGUCUAAUAAGCUCUACAUGCUGCUGAGUGAUCUAGAAGAAAUGAUGAUGGCAAUAAAUGCUGCGGCCAACUUCUUCGUGUACACUUUUAUGUCUGGAAGAUUUUAUCGGUCUGUGCUUCGUCUGAUUGGCUGUGGCAGACUGGUAAAAUAA